UGCACCACACACAGUACGCUUGCUGUUGGAGAUGGCUGGAGUCGGAACAUGGUGUGUCCUUUGUCUGCUGGCAUUUGGAAGCCUAUAUCUGAUGGAACCUGUAGAAGGGCUGUAUGAUUGCUGCUAUACAUAUUCCAAGAAGCCAUUACCCGUCAAGCUCAUUAAAGGAUUUGUUAUCCAGAACUCCUAUGAAGUGUGCGACCUUGAUGCCAUAAUAUUUCUUACACGAAAAUUCAAAGUGUGUGCUAACCCUAAAGACCAGUGGGUCAUCAAUAACCUCAAGGCUCUGAGGUUAAGAAAACAGAAUAUUUCACAAGGAAAACUCAAGAAGACUACAGCAAACUAAUUUGGGAUUUAUUUAUCUUCUCUUUCAAAUCUUUUUUUUGGUUUUGUGCAGUAACCGCUGUAAAUGUGUCUGAUCAUAUUGCAUUUGUACUGCAUUUGCUUGAAUAAACAUGUGAAUGUAUUGUAUUUUGGGUUCUGAUAGAUUAAUAUGCAUAUUACCCCCUCCUGUAUCCAAUAAAACUAUUACGAAAU